GCUAAAAAACCCUGCAAAUACACUCUACGCUGUUAAGUGCGGAACCGCGAGAUCCCCGUUAAGGGACUUCACCGCGUUUCCGCACCCAACAGCCUACCCGGCCUUUUUUUUAUUAGCCUACCGGCCUAGCCAGACGUGCAGAGGACUGCCCGCGCUGGGAGUUAAGUGCGCUGCCUAUUGUCUACCGCACCGCUCGCUCCCCGUCUGCUGCGGAAGGACUGCCUAGGCGUUCCCCUUACAGGUCCUUCCGCGGCCCUCUCAUGUAGGACAGAGCUACAAGAGAGGGCUGGUGGUAUUCACUCUUACCUACAAUUUAUUGAGUAAUAUACUUUGUAGGUGCUAAUAUUUCACUUGUUGUUACACAUUUAACUCCCUUUAUAGUGACAAAGCAGUGUUCGACUUUGUUUAGAAAUAAAUAUAUUAUUAUAAUAUAUUUUUUUUGCUUCUUUUAAUGGAAAUGUCAGGUAAGUAAAAGAAAAUACAGAGAAGGAAUGAAACUUAUUUAAAUUAAAAUUAUUAGGUAAGAUGUGUACUAUUUAAUUACAACUAGGUAAGUACUUAUUAUUAUUUUAGUAAUACAAGACCACAAUUAAAUGAAAAUACGUAAUAGACAAUUUUUGUCAUAGUCAGAACAAAAGAAUACUUAGUACCUGUUAUUAUUUUGCAUAUUAUGUAUAUGGUUUUAUCCACCAGCGAAGUAAAUAAAAGGUUGUCUGUGCGAUUAAUAUGAACCUCACAAGGUUGUUAUCGUUCUUACAUGAGUGGCACUACUAUAUUGUAAUUACAUACCUCUUGUAUCAGUACUUCGAUUGUUUGGUAGUCCGAUGGUCCGGUUAUCACUUAUGAGACUUCAGAAAUGAGGAGUUUCUCAAUUCGGCCGGUUACUUACAUCACACCACUUCCUCGACUCAAAGCUAUGCCAAAUCUACGACAGAUAGAUGUGUCUGCCAACUUCGAAUUGUCUCUUUUAGAUAUAAUAAACGUCGAGAAACUGAUGAAAAAAGAAGUAGAUUUAAAAAAUCUGUUUCACUUUAAGGAACUGAUGUUGACGUUCGCAAACGCAACGAUCACAAAUCCCAACGUGAGGAAAAUUAUGGACGACCCCAAGGAAAAAUUCGAUGCCGUUAUUGUUGAAUGGCUUUAUACGGAGGUAUAUUCUGGUUUCUCUUCACUAUUUGGGUGCCCUCUGAUCUGGUCCUCGUCAAUGGACCCUCAUACUAUGGUGUUAUGGCUAAUAGAUGAGGCGCCAAACGCAGCGUACACGCCAGACAUUAUAUGUCCUGAGAACCUGCUCAACUUUUGGCAAAGAGUAAAGAAUUUAUGGAUUUUAUUGCAAAGAAUGUUAUUGUUAUGGUCAAAGCUUUCUAAGGAGACUAGUAUUUAUAACGAAGGAUUUGGUCCAUCAGCGGAUAAAAGAGGCGUGAAGUUAUCACCUCUUACCGAGGUUAUGUACAACGGUUCUCUGAUGCUGGGCAAUUCUCACGUAUCCCUGGGCCAAGCAAUGACACUCCCGCAAAAUUACAAACCAAUUCUGGGCUAUCACAUACCAGAAACAAUACCAGAUUUACCUAAGAAUCUCCAGCAAAUUAUGGAUAACGCGACCCAUGGGGUAAUCUACUUCAGUAUGGGGUCUAUGUUAAAAAGCAAAACAAUUCCUUUAGAGAUAAAGAAAGGCCUUCUGGCAAUGUUUGGAGAAUUAAAACAGACUGUUUUAUGGAAAUUCGAGGAGGAAUUGUCCGACUUGCCGAAGAAUGUGCACAUUGUACAAUGGGCACCACAACAGAGUAUCUUGGCCCAUUCGAACUGCUUCCUAUUCAUCACGCACGGAGGUCUCCUCUCGCUCACGGAAGCUAUACACUUCGGAGUGCCUGUGAUCGGUGUUCCUAUGUUCGCUGAUCAGUUCUCUAAUAUAGACAGAGCUGUCGGCAAGGGAUUUGCGAAGAGAGUCGACCUCGAUUGGGAUUUUGUCACCAAUGUCAAAAACGCGAUAGAUGAUAUGACUGCAGAUUCCAGAUACCGUGACACCGCGAACGAGUUAUCGUUCAUAUACCACAACCGCGUGGCGUCACCGGGCGCGGAACUGGUGCACUGGGUGGAGCACGUGGUGCUGACACGCGGCGCUCCGCAUUUGCGCUCGCCCGCCAUCGACGUGCCCUUCUACCAGAAGCUUUACCUCGACCUGGCUGCGAUAAUAGUAGCCGUUAUAGUCACACUAAUGAUCGUAGUACAAAGAAUUCGCAGGAAAAAAGUCAACCAGAGGAAACAAAAAAAAAACUAAACAGGAACUAUUUACUUCGGUUGUUCCAUGUCUAUUUCCGAAAAAGUGCUCUUCAGAAAAUGUCCGCUUUUGUCUACAUUUCUGGAAUAUAUUUUUCAUACAUUAUCUUUUUCCUACAAUGCGAUUUUUGCGUUCUUCCAUGUCUAACUUCUUCAAAUGUUUCCCAGGAAAUCGUUGACUCUUCCGAAUGAACAAUAAAUAUACAUAUAUUUUAUAACAAUUAAAUACUUAAUUAAAAAAAAAUGUAUUUAUAUUAUUCUGUUGAUUGUCUAUCCUAGAAGCCUAGGAGUAUAAAAUCAUUUUUUAUGACCAAUGAAUAUUCCUGUUUGCAACUUCUUUUGAGUUAUCUAAAAAAACAGCAUUAUGCUACCGCGUCCCUGGUGGCCGUGUCGAAUUCUUUCUACCCUUUCUUAAGCUGCAAGGCGUGUGGAUUUUUUUCUAGUAAACUUUUCUUUAGAUAAAAACAAAAUAUUUUAGGAAAUGGUUAUAUCCUAAAAUAUUUUGUUUUUGUGCCAGGAAGCAGACAUUUUAGAAAGUAGACAUUGAAGGAAACGAAAACUCAUGUUGUGGGAAAGCACAUUUUAGGAAACAGACAUUGUAGGUACUCGUCCUUUUAUGUAUUUGACAUUGUGUUUAAUUAAUAACAUCUGUAUUGUAGACCAUCAAAAGUGCAAUACCACAAUAAAAUAUUUUUAAGUUAAAAAUGUAUGAACAUGAUUUUGUGAAAUUAGUUGAUUUAAAAUUUAUUGAAAUGAAACAUAGCUGAAUUACAUAGCUGUUAACAUUUUAAAAGGGGUUCCAAAAUGUAAACACAAAUGUCAAUUCAAAGAAACAAACUACAUUUUGAAUAUUUACAUUUGAAUUUACAAAUAUUUCUAUUGUUUUCAGUGCACCUUAUGUAUUGGAAUUAUAUGACUGUUAUUUUUACUUUUUGGACUAUAACUCGUAAAAUUUUAAAACUUACUAAACUGUGAUACUUUUCCUUUGAAUUAGACACCCUUGAUUUUAAAUAAUUUAAGUAAUCUCGAAUUUUCUUUUAGAUGAUUGUUUUAUAUGUUUUUUUUUAUUAACGGCAUGAGUGACAAGUGUAGGAUUUUAUAGUAUAAUUUUAUUACCUACAUUUAUAAAUCUAGC